AUGGAGUGGCCUCUCUGCCAAGAACUCAGCGACCUUGUUGUCGAUGCUCUCGUUGAACAGGGCGAAAGCCUUCAUGCUGCCGCUCUCCUCUCACGAGCGACUCUCUUUCGUACUCGCCACCACCGUUUCAAGCGUGUCGUCCUGCGCAGCCUUCAUGAUUGCAAUGUGUUCCUUGAUAUCUGCAAUGCUUCGAAAGGUGUUGCAUUCUCUGUUGACCGUCUGAAAUUCUCUGGUUGUUCGGAUAAAGAUCAAACAGUCGCGCGGGUCAAUGUGAUCGAGCAGCUUCUCGAAUUGACCGUCAGCGUACGACUACUCCACUUCGAGCACAUACCCUGGGAUCACCUAUCAUUCAUUUCCAAGGGAAAGUGCUACGACAUUCCUGUGGUGGAUCUUCAUCAUACAGUUGUCGCGUCGUACCGUGCUUUGGUUUCUUUCAUCCAAGCUUUUCCCAAACUACACACGUUGGCCUUAUGGUCCGUAUCUUUGGGUAGAUAUGACAGCGUGUCCGACUUGCAGGAGGCUGGAAGCACCUCCAUAAUCCCCCGCGUCCGCAUACUCGAGUUCGAGGACUGCAGGGAUAUACUUGUGCGUCUCGCUGACGAUAUCGCUCAGAAUUCAGCCCCGUUGUCUGUACGACAUCUCCGCAUUCUCCGUAUCUUGACUGUCCAGCAAGCUAGUGAUUUGACUUCCAUCAAGACUAUCUUGGAGAAAUCGGGUGGCUUGGUCCAAAAGCUUCGAGUGGGUAUUAUCAAAGCAGAUACCGAUGAACUACCCAUUUUAUUUUUCCCGCCCUUUCUAAACCAUCUUCAUCUCAGCUUAGACGACUGCGAUUAUAGUAACGAAACAGAUAUCUUGCAGUGGUGGAUUAAAUGCUUUUCGUGCCCAGACAUUAAGCUGUCCAGUAUCCACAUCUCCCUGUUUGCCGAACCCCACUAUCCUCGCAUGUACCAAGCUCGUAUCACCAGUAUACCUCCGCCUAUCCUGGCGCCUAACGAAGAGAUGUCAUUUCAUCUCGUCAAAAACAAGCAAGUAUGGUCUGAGCUGGAUAAUGCUCUAGCUCAGAUUCGAGGCCUCAAGGAAUUUGUGAUCAAACUUCCACCUCAAGACGAAGCACAGAAGCUGGAACCGCUGAAGGAUGCGAUUAAGGAAGGGAUGCCACAGGCAUUAGAUCGAGGCAUCCUGAUGUUGAGGACGAAGCGAGGUUGGAUGUAG